CAGGAGGCGCGGCUUCCACUGCCCCUCCACUUAAGCAGCUGUAUGGACGAGCACCUCAGCCUCCUCCACUCGCCUCCGCCUUCCUCGACCAAGCGCCGGGCCAACAACCUCGUGAACCACGGCUACACGGAAAACGAGCAAGACAUCAUGACAAUUGUUGCUUGCGACAACAUGCUGGAAGAGUCGGCGGCGCUGCCCGGGCACAACUCGCUGGAGCGCUACGAGCAAGACCACGAUUGUUGCGAGAGAGUUGUCAUCAACAUCUCAGGCUUGCGCUUCGAAACGCAGCUCAAAACCCUCCAACAGUUCCCCGAGACUUUACUCGGAGACCCCAAGAAGAGAAUGCGCUACUUUGACCCAUUAAGAAACGAGUAUUUCUUUGACAGAAACCGCCCGAGCUUCGACGCAAUUUUGUAUUACUACCAGUCAGGGGGGCGUAUUAGGAGACCCGUGAACGUGCCAAUUGACAUCUUCUCUGAAGAGAUACGCUUCUACGAACUCGGGGAGGAGGCCAUGGAGAAAUUCAGAGAGGACGAGGGCUUUAUAAAGGAGGAAGAGCGCCCUUUGCCCACCCAUGAAUUUCAGCGACAGGUGUGGUUGCUCUUCGAGUAUCCCGAGAGCUCGGGUCCAGCCAGGGGCAUCGCUAUAGUCUCCGUUUUGGUCAUUUUAAUAUCAAUCGUCAUCUUUUGUCUGGAAACACUGCCCGAGUUUCGGGACGACAAAGACCCGACUACGGUCGCUCCCCUUAUGAACGGAACUCUCCCGUACUUCACGAGUCCCUUCUCUGACCCGUUCUUCGUCGUCGAGACUCUUUGCAUCAUUUGGUUUUCGUUUGAACUGCUGGUCAGGUUCUUCGCGUGCCCCAGCAAAGCCACGUUCUCCAAAAACAUCAUGAACAUCAUUGACAUCGUGGCUAUCAUACCGUAUUUCAUCACUCUGGGGACCGAGCUCGCAGAAAGGCAAGGCAACGGCCAACAGGCGAUGUCUUUGGCCAUUCUCCGGGUCAUCAGACUAGUCCGGGUGUUCCGGAUCUUCAAACUAUCGCGGCACUCGAAAGGUCUCCAGAUUUUGGGGCAGACUCUGAAAGCCAGCAUGAGAGAGUUGGGAUUGUUGAUUUUCUUUCUCUUCAUCGGGGUCAUCCUGUUCUCUAGCGCCGUCUACUUCGCCGAGGCGGACGAUCCCGACUCGGGCUUCAGCAGCAUCCCUGAUGCGUUCUGGUGGGCGGUGGUAACCAUGACGACGGUGGGAUACGGCGAUAUGCACCCGGUCACCAUAGGGGGCAAAAUCGUCGGCUCUCUGUGUGCGAUCGCGGGCGUGUUAACCAUCGCUUUGCCAGUGCCUGUUAUCGUGUCCAAUUUCAACUACUUUUACCACCGAGAGACUGAGGGCGAGGAACAGGCUCAGUACCUCCACAUCGGCAGCUGUCAGCCGCUGUCAUCUUCCGAGGAGCUGAAGAAGACGCGUAGCACGUCAUCACUCAGCAAGUCGGAGUACAUGGUCAUUGAGGAGGGCAUCAACAGCGCGUUCAAAGCACCAAACUUCCCCGUUCAGAACAACCAAAACUGCGUGAACAUUAAAAAGAUGUUCACAGACGUGUAGGAUCACUACAGCUUUCCAACAGUACCAAUAAUGAUAAAAGUGACUCGUCGUUGCAAGUAUGCGUGAAGGCAACGCUGUAGGUUAAUGUCAUGACAGUCAAGCGCUGAGAGCGUCGAGGGAAAUUAAUACAUGAUUUUUUUUUACGCGCCAGUCCCAUGCAGUGUUUAUCACCUGUUCGAUUGAACCAUUUUAGGCUACUCUUGAGGACUGUACAUUCAUUCAAAUAGGCAAUAUGUGAAAUCAGUAUAUCGUCAAUGACAAUUUAAUAGCUAUAAUAUUCGAAUGCACUCAUUGCGUUACAUAGCCGACUUUGAAAUCAAAAAACCGGGAACUGAACCCAGUUAAUAUGGGAAUGGGGGGGUUGGGGAACUGGUAGCCAGUUCUGUAUUUUCUUACACUAUGAACAAGUGCGUUCAGAUAACAUAUCACUAUUUUGUGUGCUUUAUUGUGUGUUGUUGACUCGUCAAGAAACAUGCGUAAGAUGCUAAAUGUGAACUGUAUGUGCUACUAUUCAUACAGACUUUGGAGAUCUAAGAAUACAGAUCUAAAAUGUGUUAUAAUUCAAGCACAAAUGCAAAGACUUUUUAAUGUGUACCAAUCACUGCGAGACAAGAGGGAGGGGAAAGAUCAGAGACUGAAAGCGCUUUCGACUGGAUACUUCUUAUCACGUUGAAGUGAUGCAGUCUCCAUAGCGACGAUGGGUUCCUCGGCAACCUGCUAUUGUUGCCAUGGCAUCUUUAUUUUGAUUUUUUGAUUUUUUUUGCUUUCCAAAGAAAUCCACCUGAAUGUUUUGGAGGUCUGGCUGAAGGUUCGAAACGAGAUGAACUAUUGUGACCUCACUAGAUAAGCUGGUGAAAGUGGAGACGAAAGACCACGAGAACAUGAUACAUAUUAAGAAAUUCUUCCGGAGUAUCAUCAAAAAUUCCCAACUAUUUCGCCACACUCUGGGAUAAAGUGCAAUAUAUGUGAAAGUUUCAUCACUUGAAUAGUUAAAGAAAUAAACACUGUCCAACAUGCACAGUGAACCAAAGCGACUGCCGAUACACUGCUCGUUCACAAGGGGCUGCUCUAUCUACGCCAAAUGCUUUGGGCAGCCUAUCUCUAUCCCCCCAUAGGAUGGACAUCUCGCCUUGUCUUAACAAACAGCAAUGAGAAAGGAGAAGAAGAUGAAGCUUUAAAGGAGUUUAAUGUCUUGAGGCCGGAUUGCCUGUGUGGACCCCAGCUUGCCAAAUGUAGGGGCUUGUGGACUGUUCCCUUCUCCUCCAUACUAAUGGGAGGAGGUGCCUUCAAAAAAUACCCCCAUACAGUCUCCGGGCCCUGUUUCUCCCUGGCUAGACAGCCUCUGCGCACCACUUGCCUUUUCUGUGUUCAGUAUUAUGCCUCUUUACCAAAAAAAGAUGGACUUGUGUGUUCAUGUGCUUUUUUGCUGCUAAAUGUAAGACUCUUAAAGGCAAAGUUCAACCAAAAGUGAAAAUGUGCUAAUUAUUUUCUCACCCUCAUAUUAUUCCAAAACCAGAUGACUUUUUUUCUUCUCACAAAAGGAGAUGUUAGACAGAAUGUUAGCCUCAGUCAUCAUUCACUUUCACUGAAUGGAAACAGAUGCAUUGAAAGUGAAUGACCAGGCUAACAUCUCUUUUUGUUUUCCACAGAAGAAAGACAUAUGGGUUUUGAACAACAUGAGGGUGAGUAAAUGAUGACAGAAUUGUCAUUUUUGGGUGAAUUUUCAUUUUAACUCCACAUAAGUGCUCCUACACACCCCUCUCUGGAGGAGUGUGCUAGUUAAUCUAGAUUCAUCAGUUGUCAUGUGUCGUCAGGCUGUGAUGUUGUCGUUGACAUUGCUGUAUAAACUGAUAGUCAUAAACGUGACUGCCUCCUUGUCAUUUUUUAUUUUCAUUUGUGUUGGUUACUUUUCUCUUUUUCUCUGUUUGUGUCACAUCACAUACCAACUUAGAUCAUUCUAAUGACCUCCAUUUACAUGUAAAUAUUUGGUCACAUUGCAGUUGACAAAUGCAGUUGUGUUAUGUUGAUGCAAUGUUGCAACAUGGUGAAAAAGACA